GACAGACGCGAGCAAGCGACGUGGAGAGACCGCGCGCCUUCGUGUCCGUGCGUUUCGAUGGUGGUUCUGCGUUCCGUUUGCGUAUCUCGCACGUUUCCUCACGUCCGACGGUGCAUCGAAGGAAAAAUACUCGGCGCCACGAUCGCGCGUCUCCGAAUUUGGCCCAGCAACGCGCGCAAGAAAGGAUAUUCCCGUGAACGUUAGUGAACGCGCCGGAGCACAUCUGCACACACGGCGAUAUACCGCGAGCUGACACAUCGCGAUCUCCCGAGCGCAUCGGGCCGCGCCGCGAGUGAGAGAGAGAGAGAGAGAGAGACAGAGAGACAGAGAGAACAAGCGUCCGAGCGGGAAAAGUCGCGGCGCGAAAGAGAGGGACAGGAAUAUUGUAUAUGUGUGCGUGAGAUUGUUGUGUGCGUGUGUGUCAGACGUGUAUCCGAGGUGCUCGCUUGCGCGCGCGUCACCGAGAAAGCAAGCACACACUCCGACUCGAAACAAAUAACCCGGCGACGUAACCGCCGGCAUCCCCGGCGGUCGUUCAUUCAAGAAUGCAUUAAUUACGCGCGACCGGCAGUUAUUAACCAGCCGUGCGUGCGUGCGUGUUGUGUGUGUCCGACGAGCCCGCGAUACACCACCCUCCUCGUGGUGCAUUAUUACGGGGAAAGAGAGAGAGAGAGCGCGCGACGCCGUGACCGGAGUCGAAGAUGCUCAAGUUCAUCAGGGGGAAGGGCCAGCAGCCCACGGCCGAGAGGCAGAAGCUGCAGAAGGAUCUCUUCGCUUUCAGGAAGACUGUGCAACAUGGUUUCCCGAACAAACCGACCGCUCUCGCCUGGGAUCCGAGCCUGCGGCUGAUGAUCAUCGGCACGGCAUCCGGCGCCAUCAAGGUUUUCGGAAGACCGGGUGUGGAGUUCUAUGGACAACAUUCCGUCGAGAGCGGCGAGAAUGCCGUCACGAAGAUCGUCGCGCUCCCAAACGAGGGUCGCGUGGUGUCCUUGUGCGACGACAACUCCCUACAUUUGUGGGAAAUCAAUGAGAGUUCUCUGGUGGAGACGAAGUCGUUGUCGUUGGAGGGCAAGCUGAAGAAAAUCUCAGCGAUGUGUCUCGAAUCCAGCGGGGAGCAUCUUCUAUUGGGUACCGAAGGGGGCAACAUCUAUUUGCUCAACUUGAAGACUUUUGUCAUGCCGGACAAUAUUAUCUAUCAGGACGUUGUGAUGCAGAACGUCCCGGAGGAUUACAAGAAAAAUCCGGGAGCAGUCGAAGCCAUAGCCGAGCAACCAGGACAUCCGGACAACAUUCUGAUCGGUUAUAACCGUGGCCUGAUGGUGCUGUGGAACAAAGCCACACCUGGGGCCCAGCAGCUGAUGGGUUUGUUUUCGGGUGCGCAGACAUUCGUCUCUACGCAACAGCUGGAAUCGGUCCACUGGAUAUCAGAGAAUCGCUUCGUCUCGUCGCACAACGACGGUUCAUACGCCUUUUGGAGCCCGGGCAGCGACGCCGUGCCAGAACCCACGACGCUUUACGGACCGUUCCCGUGCAAAGCCAUCACCAAGAUUCUUGUGUAUCCCACAGCGGAACAAGGCGAGCUUCUCUUGUUCUCUGGUGGUAUGCAACGCGCCAGUUACGGAGACCGACACACCAUCACCGUUAUGACCAAGAACAAGCAUUUAGUUUUCGACUUCACAUCCAAAGUCAUCGACUUCUUCGUCGUAUUCUCUAAAGAAGAAGAAGGGAACAACGAGAAUCCCGUCAAUCCAGAAGCGCUCAUAGUAUUGGCCGAAGAAGAACUCGUAGCCAUCGAUUUGACUAAUCCCGACUGGAAGAUGAUGGCACUGCCUUAUCUGGUGUGUCUCCAUGCGAGUGCGGUGACCUGCUCCCAACAUGUACCUAAUGUUCCCGAAGAGCUCUGGGAUGCGAUCGUGGCGGCCGGUAAGUCGCAGACAGAGCAUUUGUACUCGGACAAGUCAUGGCCCAUCGAUGGCGGUAACAUCCUCUGCCAAAAGCCGGCAAAUCCCGACAAGCCCAAGAGCAAAGAGCUUCUGCUCACCGGUCACGAGGACGGCAGCGUGAGAUUCUGGAACGCGUCCGACGUCGCUCUAACUCCUCUGUACAAGUACAACUCGUCGAUUUUGUUUGCCGGCGAGCACCUGGACGUUCUCGAGCAACCGCCGGAGGAUGAUGAGGACGAAUGGCCGCCGUUCAAGAAGGUGGGGAUCUUCGAUCCGUGUUCCGAUGAUCCGCGGCUCGCUGUGAAGAAGGUACUUCUGUGCCCGUUGUCGUCCACAAUGGUGAUCGCCGGUACAGCCGGUCACAUCAUCACCGCAAUCAUCUCCCCGGAAGCGACCAACAAGGAGAUAAAGGCCGUCACAAUGAACAUCGUCAACGAUCGCGACGGAUUCGUGUGGAAGGGUCACGAUCACCUGCCGCCGAGAACGGCCAGUAUAUCGUUCGCGAUCGGAUUUCAGCCCCAGAAUCUUCUCCAGCUGUAUCCACCGGCUGCGGUUACGGCGCUGGCUUUGCAUAGCGAGUGGGGACUUCUCGCUGCCGGCACCGCGCACGGACUCGCAGUUUUUGAUUAUACUAGGUCAAAAGCCGUUAACGUCAAGUGUACGCUCAAUCCGAACGAUCUUUUUGGUUCGGGAGACACACCCAUCUCCCGGCGGAAAUCGUUCAAAAAAUCUCUUAGGGAAUCUUUUAGGAGAUUGAGAAAAGGACGUUCGCAGCGCCGGACGAAUACAAACAGCCCGACGGGAAAUCCUGCGUCGGAAAAGAAGAAAGACAAUCCCAGUGUCGCUUCUUCACCGAGCGGCGAUCUGUCAGCAGUAGAAUUGAAACCAGUCGAAAGACAAGUGGAAGCUAGGCCCGUUGAUGACGCUCUAGGCUCUAUGGUUCGAUGCUUGUACUUUGCCAGAAGUUACAUUAUUAGCCUACAAAAUACGACACCUACACUUUGGGCCGGUACCAACAACGGCACGGUUUACGUCUUCACGUUGGCUAUACCGGCCGGCGUGAGGAGAACGGAGGAGGAUGUCAACUGCACACUUGGCAAAGAAAUUCAACUGAAACAUCGAGCGCCCGUAAUCGCGAUCACGAUUCUCGACGGCUCCAGCGUGCCGCUGCCGGAAUCCUACGAGGCCGAGAAAGGCGUCGCGCCCGGACCCGACAUGACCUCUCCGCAUCGAGUCGUAAUCGCUAGCGAGGAACAGUUCAAGAUCUUCAAUCUUCCGUCCCUGAAGCCGCAUUGCAAGUACAAAUUGACCGCCCACGAGGGAUCGAGAGUGCGUAAAACCGGCUUCGCCAAAUUCUCGUGUCAAGUCGAGCCAGCGGGAACUCACGAGGAAACUUGCCUGCUGUGCCUCACGAAUCUUGGCGACUGUCUGGUGCUGAGCAUACCGGAAUUGAGAAGACAACUGAACGCUGCUGCGAUCAAACGAGAGGAUAUUAAUGGUAUCUCUUCUUUAACGUUCACGAAAGCCGGUGAAGCGUUGUAUCUUCAUUCGAGCUCGGAGCUCCAACGAAUUUCUCUCUCGACCUCUAAAGUGACGAAGGCGCAUUGCGCGCUCAAUUUACCGCCGCAUGCCAGAGCGGAGAACGUCAAUGAAGUUGCGCAUGAGGAGGGUGUUGUCGAAGGUGCGGCCGAAAAUGAGGGAGAGACACAAGGAAGUCAACCGCCAACAGCAGCGAACAGAGUUAUCACAGAAAAUGGCGUUGUGGGUGCCACUGGGGAAGAAGAAUCACCGAAGGAGCCGUCGUUGCGACCAGCCACGAGUAGUAUAGACGUGAACGGUGACGAUGACCGUCAGGACUUAAGUUCCAUUGGAGACAUCACGAUCGACAGUGUUAAAGACCAUUUGCUUAACAGUUCACUUUUUAGAAACGCGACGUCUUCCGAGGAUCUCCACAAUCGUUUGGCAGGGCUCAAGAUGGAGGUAACCUCACGAACUUCCGAAGUAUCUACGCAGAAUCAAUCGUUGGUCGUGAAAACGACCACCGUGGUCACACAAACUACAAAUAGCACGACCACCAACGGCGAGGUUGAGACAAGUCAGGCGAACGAAACGCAACAUGUAAACAGCACUACGGUAGAGCGGGAGAUACGCAGCGGUAUCGAGACAACAACGACACACGCUACCAUCACUCUACCCCCGAACGUCGAGAUUAGUGCCGCGGAUUUGGCCAACCUGGAAGUCACCACGACCACAGUGACCACCACCACGGAAAGAUCCAAGGCGCCGUUGGCCAGGCCGGAGGAGGAAGUCGGUUCGUAGGCCUGUUUUCCAUAUCGUUUAUUCCAUGCUGACCACACGCAUCCGACUUGGCGCGCUCCUUAUACGGAGCCCAUCAAUAAUUAGUUACUUAAUAUAGACAAACGUGUACACACAAAGCGCGACGACGUAGGUAGGAUUUGUAUACCGUAGAUUUUUUUAAGAGAUCCAGAUUUCUACGCAUUUACAGCGCAUUAAUCACGCAGCGAAGGGUGAUUAAUUUUUAAGCAAAAAAUCCGUAUGCAUUUUAUCGAAACCUCGUAUAUCAGCCUCGAGUAAUCCGCUCGUGAACACGCUUCAGAGAUAAAUAAUUUUUGGAACGUGGAAAGAAAGUAAACAAUUUUUAACAAAAAGAAAACAGAAACUGUAGGCCUACAGAGUGUUUUACUCGCUGCGAAAGAGAACGAAUUCUCUUUAGCAGUUUUCCUCGCGAAAUAAAUUUUUAAACAAUUUAAUUACUGAUAAGAGAGUCGAGAUAUAUAAGUUCGACGGGGGGGGAAAAAAAAAAGAAAAAAUAGUGUGUGCCGUCUAAUUGUUGGCCGAGCGUCGAAGUUUUUAUCGCACUCUGUUUUUGGUUUUUACGUAGCCGAUUUUUUUUUAUAUUCGUUAAAAGACGUUAUUUGUGUUUUACAAGUAGGAUUGUUUUUAUUUACACGUGUUUGCAUGUACAUACAAGGCAUAUAUACAUAAAUUGGAUCGAUCUUGCGCACACUAGAUCGGUCUUGAAUGCUCUUAAAGAACGACGUGAUGUGUGUAUGUGUGUGUGUCUUGUACACAACCAGUAUAUAUAUAUAUAUAUAUAUAUAUA